GCUGUAUAUUAUUUAAAUUAAAAAAAGUGUAGUUAAAUUUGAAGUGAAUUGGCUUCCAUCCAAGUGUGAGAAUUCAUGUCUAUAUUUAGAUUAUAGAUUUGCUAAAGAGUGUAUCUGGUAAAGGUUAAGAAUUGAGCUGGAAUCCAAACUGAUUAUAUGUGUAUUAACUUAUUACUUUGGUUAGUUGAGAAGUGAAAAUUGUAAAUAUGAAUAUUUUUUUUAAUGUAUGUACAUUCCUAGUAGCAGUUUUAUUUGUUAUAUAUGCUAUAGAUAUUCAAGAUGACAAAAAGAGCAGUCUGGAAGAGCUUUUGUAAGUAAAAUGGACCUUUUUAUUUUUUUAAAUAAAUUCAUUUUAUCUAUAUUUAUUUCAUUAAAUGUAGAGUGGAAGAUUGGGCCAAACAAUUUGGCGAAGAAUUAUGGUAUUUAGGACAAAAUAUUACAAAAUCAAAUGAAAUUAGAUUGGUAUAAGAUUGUAUUUAAUAAUUUAACAUUUAUAUAUAACAUUUUAUUCAAAUUAUGUUUAGCGAUAUAAAAAAUUGAAUGAAACACAUGUCUUUAGAACAAAUGCAAGUCAGUUACUUAAAAACAUAUCAACUGCAAUGAAUCGUAUGAUAAGAUUAAAAAUGACAGCUGUAUCAGUAAAUAAAUUUAUUGUUACAUAUUUGUUCUAAAUAAACCUUAAACCACCUAUACAAUUUUUAGUGUUUAAUGGAUGCAGCUGAACGUUUAUCAGAAGAAUUUGAAUGGAAGUUUUAUGGAGUUAAUGGAAUUUCAAAUUAUACAUAUUAUAAUGCAAAGUAUUCACCAGUUGAAGGAAUCAAUGAUUCUGGCAUUGCAGAUCGAUUUACACCAAACAUUUCAUUGGAUCUGGGGAAAUUUACUCUUCCGUUAGAAUUUAAAACUAUGAAUUUGACAAAAAAUGAUCACUUUUAUGGAUUAUCUGUGAAUACUGAUUACAGUGCUGUUUAUUUACCAACAAUAUUAUUUGAAAAGCGUAUGUGUUUUUUCUUCAAUAAUUGAUAUGUGUGUGUGUGUAUAUGUAUGUAUAUGUAUCUAUUUAUUGUUUUCAGUUAAAUAUGUUCAAAUACCUUUACAAUGGUCUGAAAAAUUAGAUGAAGUAUUUUUACGAAAUUUUCGUAGCGAUCCAUCACUUUCUUGGCAAUAUUUUGGUAGUAGAGCUGGAUUUAUGCGUCAUUACCCAGGUAAAAUGAAGGUAUAGUUAUUAAAAAAUAACUUUUAAUGGUUCUUAAUAUAAUCAAUGAUAUAAUAUGUAUCAAUAGUAGAAUAUAAUAAAUCAAACUAUUAAAUAAGUUUAAAAAAAAAAUAAAAAAAGAGCUGAUAAUGAGGAUAGGUGCAGCUAUUGGUGUAGGUGGAUAGUUAGGAAGGUGAGAUAAAGUUAUUUAAUUUGUACAUUUAAGUAAGUAACAAUAAACAAUUCUGAGUGAAUAAAAAUCUAAAGUAAAAGGAAUAACAAAAAAAUAUGAGUUUUGACGACAACAAUUGUUUAAAGAAAAUUAAAAUAAUAAAAACUUACUAACAAAAAAUAAAUAAAAAUAGUUUCCAAUAGCAACCUUAUUUUUUAAUCUAAAGAACCAGUUUUCCUCAUUAUUUUGAAUAUUAGUAAGUAUUUCAAAAAGUAAAAUUUUUAAAGUCUCAACUAGAGCCAAAAUACAACAAUAAAUUUUCUUGUCACAUUUUGACUGGAGCAAGAUUUCUUGGAGAAAAGUGGUUUACAGACAAAAAAAAAAUACAAAUCAUAGUUGAACCAAUAAAUCCCUCACUUCACUCAGAAUCUAUAAUGAAUACUUAUGUAACUUUCUGAACUACUAAUAAACACAAUAUAAGAUUUUUAUUUUAUUUUUAGCUUUAAGAUGGCCAGCUAAACCAAGUGUGUUUGAUGCUCGCCUUCGUCCUUGGUACAUACAAGCUGCAACUUGUUCAAAAGAUGCAGUUAUUCUAUUAGAUAUAUCUGGUUCUAUGAAUGGCAUGCAUCAAUCAAUUUCUCAGCUUGUAAUUAAAUCCCUUCUAAAGACAUUCAAUAAUGAUGAUUCGAUUAAUAUCAUUUUUUUUAAUUCUACUUUCUUUUAUUUAGUGACUUGUUUUGAACAACAAUUAAUUCAAGUAAUGUUCAAAAUUAUUAUUUUUUUAUGACAUUCUGGUAAUAAUUUAUGUGUUUGAUUUUUUAACAAAUUACUUUUACAUUUUAGGCCACUCCUGAAAAUAUAAACACAUUUUAUAAAGCUAUAAUUGAAGAUCAAAGAUUAUCACCAGUUAAUAUAGCGAACUAUAGCAAUGCAUUUAUUGAAGCAUUUCAACUUUUAGAGAAUGUAUAUAUUUAAGCUAAUACUUUAAUUCCUCAUUACCUAUACAAAUAUUGUAUUAUAGAACAGAAAAAAGUGUUCAGAAGAAACAUGUAAUCAAAUGAUUAUGUUGAUUACGGAUGAUGAUCCCAAUGAAGAACUUUUUGAAGUCAUUCAAAAGAAAAAUCGUAUUAAUAAUAAUACAGUUAUUAAUAUACCGGUUCGAAUAUUCACAUAUAUGAUUGGCCGUGACAUAACUACAACACCAGAACUUGAACGACUUGCUUAUGAAAACAGAGGUUAGUGUAAGGUUUGAAAUAAUAAUUGUUGCCUAUUUAAGAUGUUUUAAAUUUCAAGUUAAAGAUCAGAGUCGGUGGUAAAUUAUUCAUGAUACACUUCUAUACACUACCUUUUAGUUUUUCGAAUUAUUGUAUUAUUUAUCAGUCUUAAUAACAUGCUUAGUUACUAGUUAGGUAUCUAUAAUGUAUACCUAUUUAGUAGUUAUUUUAUAUGUAUACAAUAUUUAUUUUAUAUUUUUAGGCAGCUUUGCACAUGUACAUUCAAAGGAUGAAGUACUUGAAAGUGUUUUGAAGUACAUAGAGAUUUUAGCAAGACCUCUAGUGUUACAAGCUGAAAAGCAUCCUGUUACCUGGUCUCAUACGUUUAUGGAUAUAUCUGUAUGUAUUAACAUUGAUACCUAUAUAUGUUUUAAUAUAACUAUAAGUUAUUAAGUGCCUUGCAUAAGUUUUAGUUCACCACCAUAAUUAAUAUUAAGAGCAUUUUGUUAGGAUCCGUACAUAACAAGUGCAUUGAAAAGUUCAAUGGAUUUUGAUAAGCAGAAGAAUGAUCUUGCUGCUAAUUUGAAUGAACAAAAACAAUUCCCUAACCAACAUAAAAUGGAUUCUAAGUAUAUGUUAUUAGACUCUGAGGUAUUUGCUGUGUGUACCUGUGUUUACCCAACCCAAAAUCCAAAAUAGUAAAUAGAAUAGUUUCAACUUCUAUGACAUGACAGAAUUUUCUAAUUUAAGAACUAAAAACAGCAAACAUAUUUAACUCACAUUAGAUCUUAAACCUUAAGAAUUUAUUUUAACUAUUAAGUUAACCUUGCGUGUAUACUACUAUAAUAAUAAUUUAUAAAUAUUUAUUUAUUAUUUAUAAUAUAUUGUCACAUAGAGUCAAGAUGAAACAGGAAAAUAUCAAGAGUACAGGCCAAUGACAGCGAUUUCCAUACCUAUAUUCAAUAAAAAAAGGGAUGAAUUUAAUAAGGUUUGUUAACCUUUUUUUAUUCAGAAUAGUUUUUGUUUUUAAAGAUACUUCUUAUACUAGAUUACAAAUUAAUAUGUACUUAACUAGCACAUAUGGUAGUGAUUAAAACUAACAUGAUAUAGUUACACCAUGAUUGCAAUAUUUGAUCUACCAUGCAAUUUAUGAUGUAAUAUGUGGUUUAUUAUACCAGGUGAUUCAUUUAGUGCAGGGGUCGGUAACCUGUGGCUCGCGAGCCAUAUGUGACUCUUUCGAUCUUAAGUGCGGCUCUUCAGUUCCACGCGCAAAAAUUAAUUAUUUUAUGGUCAAAAACAAUAUUUUAUAAUAUAAAAAAAUGGAUAUUAUUUUUGUUGCUUUUGGUAACAUGAAAUAGUACAUAACAAUAACUUGAUAGUAACCGAACAGCGUACAGGCUAUAGUGGUUAUCAGAAGAAGUUGAAGAAAAAAAUUACUUAUUUUUGGUGAAGACAUGGAGAGCGGUAAAUUACUAUAUUUUAAAAAUCUGAUGCAAUAUUGUGAUGAAACCAAUGCAACUAUUGACAUAAAUUUCUUCUGCAUAACUAUAAAAAAAUGAAUGAUAAAUUCGCCAAACAAUUUGAGCAAUUUAAAAGAAACAAAAGUACUCUAGUACUUCACAAGUUCAUAGUAAACCCACUCAACACAAACACACAUGAGGUCAACAUUGAACCAUUUGUAAUUGAUGCUGGAUCAUUUCAAAUGCAAUGAACUUGAACUUAAAACAAUAAGGUAUGAUCCCGAUUUCACAAAACUUUCAAAAGAUAUGCAAAGCCAAUGCUUCCAUUGAUAUAACUAUCUAUUUAAUAACUGCAGUAUUUUAUAAUUAUAGCUAUUAAAAUUUGAAAAUAAAAUUAUAUUAAAAAAAUUACGAAAAUUUGUAGUGGUUCUUUAAAAUCUGUAAUAUUUUGUGUAUUGUAACUUUUAGCUCUUCCGUCGCAAAAGGUUGCCGACCCCUGAUUUAGUGGGUACACUCAUCAUCCCAGAAAGUCUUAACUAUUUUUGGAAUGUUUUUUCUAGAACAUUUAAGUAACAAGCUGUUCUAAAAUUUAACAUUUACAUUACUUUUGUCACCCUUAUUUUUGGGGGUAAAACAACUGCCUACUUUUGAUUUUCAAAUGGCAACCUAAAUUAAAAAGUCCAUAAAUAGAUUGAGUAUUAGUUAAAAUAAAUUUUAGUGUUGAAAUUCUUGAUUUCUAUCAAUCCGUAGAGGAGAAUAGUGGUGCACUUUAAACACGCUGCGCACCGUACCACACUUAUAAUGCUCCACUACUCAAUUCCAGCCUAAAAUUAAAAGUGGUAUAUCUCGUCAACAGAUUGACAGAAAUCAAGAAUUUCAACACUAAAAUUUAUUUUAACUAAUACUGAAUCUAUUUAUGGACUUUUUAAUUUAGGUUGCCAUUUGAAAAUCAAAAGUAGGUAGUUGUUUUACCCCCAAAAAUAAGGGUGACAAAAGUAAUGUAAAUGUUAAAUUUUAGAACAGCUUGUUACUUAAAUGUUCUUUAACACAAAUUUUGAAAAAAAUUAACACUUCCCGAGAUAAUAAGUGUACCGACUGAAAUAAAUCACCUGGUAUGAUCUAGAGUAAAGUAUGCGAUUUAAGGCUUACCUUCUAUAUAAAUGUUAAUUUAUUUGGAUUUAGUUAACCAGCAUUUAGGGAUAAAUAUAAAAAUAUUGAGUAUUUGUAUGAAUUUUGAAAUAGAACAUUUUAAGAAAAUGUCAUGGUAAAAAUCGCUUAAUGGUAGAAAAUCAUUUGAAGCUCUAUACAAUUCAUUAAAUUGUAAAAUAUGGUUAAUAUACUUGGUAUAUUUAUUUUGCUAUAGAUCAUAUAAUCUACAAAUGUUUAAGUUAUAUAUCUGUGAAUUAAAAUGUUUAUAAACUAUUUAUUUUUAGACUAAAGUUAAAGGAGAUCUACUUGGUGUUGCUGGAACUGAUGUGCCAAUUGCUGAAUUUGAAAAACUUACUCUUCCUUAUAAAGUAAUAAACAAUUUGAGUCAUAGUUAGGGAAUAUAAACAAAUUUAUAGAUCAAUAAAUUUAAGUUUAGAAGUUUUUGUUAUCCAAAUCGUGAGGAAUAUUUUUUUCUCGGCCAGAAACAUGUUCUUAAUUUAUAUAUUUUUUAUCAGUAUUUAACUAUUUUUAUUGUAUCAUAUUUUCUGAUUUUUUGCUAUAAAUUCUUAUAUCUUAUAGUUUUAUUACUCACAGUGUCAGUCUAGCAGGCCCCCUGUAGAAUUUUUUUUUAAUUGAUGAAAAACUCCAAGGAUGGGAAAAUUGAGUAGGAAGUUGGUGUUAUAGGUCGAUAAUAUUUCUAAAACUUAUAAUGGAAUUCGACUUAUAUUAAUAUAAAAUAAAAUAUUCAUAAAAGUGUUUCUCUGGGAAAUUUCAAUUUUCAGUAAUUUAUUUAUAAAUUUACUCUAAAGUUUGAUUAAUUCUUUUAUUUUUAGUCAAUUACUACUUUUUGACUUUUAUAAUAUUUAUUUAUUAGUUUAAUUAAAAUAAUUAUAUAUAUAUAUAUAUCAAUAAUGAAUAUGUAUAAUUAAUUUUCAGAUUGGUGUAAAUGGGUAUGCUUUUGUUGUUACAAAUAAUGGAUAUGUGCUUUUCCAUCCACAAUUGAGACCUGUUGUAAGUUUUUUAUUUUGCUUGUAAUUUUUCUGAAUUAAGAAUUUAUUCAACAAUAAAUUAUAAUUUUAAGGAAAAAAGUAUUCUUAAAGAAAAUUACAAUAGUAUUGAUUUAACAGAAUUGGAAAUGUUAGACGAUUAUAAUGAUUUUGAAGUUCCAAGACAGCCACAUAAAUUUAUAGUAGAAGUAAUUUUAUUGUUUAUUUUAUUUGAGCUAAAUAUUUGUAAUUACAUUAAAUUUUGUGUUAUUUAUUUGCUAUUAAGUAGUUGCGGAAAGCAAUUGUUGAUCAUACUCGCGGAUCAAUGGAAAAUUUAAGCAUUAAAUUUCAUUAUGACAAUAUGGUAUAGUUAUAUAAUAUUAAGUUCAAUAGAAGAUAGUUAAAUUAAUUAGUAUAUUAAUUAUUUAGAAAAGAGUUGGCUCCGAAGUUCGUAAUUAUCAUUAUACUGUGUUAGAUCCUAAAACUGAAGGUCCAUUUACACUUGGUUUAGUGCUUCCAGCUUCUUAUGGUAACAAUUGGAUUAAAGCUGGCGAUGAGAUUAAUAAAUCUAUAGAAAUAAGUAAUUACAAUUAUCCUCGAAAUAUUAAAAUAAAUGUGUACAAUAAAUACAUUUAAAAUGAAUGAACAUUUUACUAAUUUAUUAUAUUUUAGAUGAACCGUUUGAUAAAUAUUUCCAAGAUAAAUGGAAAAUUCAUCCAAAUUGGUAUAUUAAAAAGUUUUAUUUAGUAAAAAUAUUUUUUCUACAUUUCCAAUGUUCAUUUGUUUCAGGGUGUACUGUGAUUAUUUUCAUUCAUCUGAACGAAAGUUUGAAAAUCCAGAAAAAAAAUUACUUCAUUUUAUGAAAAAAAUAUUUUCACCGGGUUGGGAAUGGAGAGAACAAUAUCCUGCUUCAAACUUUGAAAAUAUUUCAAUGGAUGAAUUUGAUAGACGUAAGUACAAAUUUAUUAUUCAAUCUAACUUAUUCCAGUUGGUAAAUUUGUAUUUUGUGAUAAAUAGGUGAAUGUGAUAGAAAACCAAUUGAUAUAAAUGAAUUCUAUUGUAAGUUAAUCUUAAAUUUUAUCUAAACAUAUGCAUUUUAUUGUUAAUAUUGUUAAAAUUUCAGGUGAUAAAGAAUUAAUGCAGUUAUUAUUUUUUGAUGCAAAAAUAACACAUGCAUUAUACAAUUCAACCUCAUUAUUUGAGUAAGUUUCCAGAUUUGUUUUAUUAUAUUUUAAUAUUUAUAUGAAUGGGUUUGAAUUCUAGAAAAGAACUUGUAAACAAAUAUAAUGUAAGUGUUAGAUUUUUGGCAACUCAGGGUGGGUUAAGUAGAUGGCAACAUAUGCAUGAUUUGGAUGAAGAUGAAUUGUAUGUACAAUACACAAAACAUGUAUAACUAAACUCUAGUAUUUAAAACAAUAAAAAAAUUACUUUUUUAGACAAUUCGGAGAUGUACAUAAUCGGUCUGUUGAGGAAGUUUGGUACAAACGUCCAGUUUUAUAUCAUAAUUUAAAACAAGAUGCAUUCGUGUUUUCAGUACCUUUUGAUUCUGGUAUUUAUGUUAGAAAAAUAAUAUUUAUAAAUAUAUAAUUUCUUUUUUGUAUAUUAGGUAACAAGGAUAAAUUAAAAAUUACAGCUAGUCAUGCUAUAUUUGUUGUGAAUGACAAAGAUAAUGAUGAAGCACCAGGGUCGGUAGUUGGUUAUGAAAUGUUACAUAAAACAUUUUAUGAACGUUUUAUUAAUAUUACAAAAACAAAUGAAAAUGUAAAUAAUUUAAUUUUUACCUUAUUAUAAUUUAUUAGUUAUUAUUAAUUAAUAAUUUUCAGUGUCCCAGUUGUUUACCUUGUAGUUCCGAUCAUGUUGAUUGUUACUUAAUUGAUGAAAAUGGAUAUGUUGUCUUAUCAGAAAUUCCUGCGGAUACUGGUAAAUUUUUUGCACAAACCGAAUCAAAGAGUACUGGAGUUAUUAUGGAAACAAUGAUAUCAAAAAAAAUAUUCAGGCGUAUACCAAUGUAUGACUACCAAGCUAUUUGUGAAGAAAGUGUACCAGUCAAAAGUGCAUCAUCCUACUUGUUCACAGUAAUUUUUAUUGUUUUAAUAUUUUAAAACUAGACGACUAUAUAGACAUACAUUAUAUAAAUUAUAUUACAUUUUUCAUUGAUACAUUUGAAGAACAUUGAAUAAACGUAAUUUAUGUAUGGUCACAUACAUUAUUAAUUAUAAACUAGAUGUACUAAAUUUUAAUUUUUUCAGUCAUUUAAUAUAGUGUUUACCAGUCUAAAAAUGUUGUUGAUGAAUUUAGUAUGGCUUUUAAUAGAAGGCAAUUUUAUCCAUGUAUGGUCAAUUAAUGAAGGUAAUUUAUAUUUAUAAAUAAAAAAGAAAAAUAUUUGCAAUUGAAAAGUAGUAUAGAUUCAGGGUUGAGUGAAGUAUCUAUUGGUUCUAUAUUUUUUUUUUUGCAGCUCUUUUCUGAAAGGAAAUUUGAUUUAGUUAAUGUAUUAGAGAUCAUUUUUUGAUUUCCCAAGAGGUUUUUAAAAUAAUUAAGAAAAAAGAAAACAAAGUAAUAGGUAAAGUGGUAAACAUUUAUAAUGUACCACAGUUAUACCAAUUUGUUUCUAAUAUUUGCAAACUGUUGCUCACAAAGUAACUAGUUUUUUAAUUUCCCAAAUAAUUUUCAUAAUAAUUGAGAAAAUGAUGGAAAAUUAAUACUGUACAAUUUACAGCGUUUCAAUUUUAUUAUUUUGAAUUAAUACAUCUUAUGUUUUCUACCAGAAAUAUUGCUCCAUAAAAAACAGCCAUAAACCCAUUUUUUUAUUGCAUUUUUAAUAUGGUAGGCGAAUAAGACCUUUUUUUUUAUUUUCCCUGUAGUUUCUUUAAUAGUUAAAAAAACUGAACAAUUUUAACUACGUAGAAACUUAUAUUUUCAUUUUUUGAGGUAUUUAUAGACAUUUUAAUUUUGAUAGUUUUUAUAUAAUUUGUAUUUAAUUUAAAUUGUCUGACCAAACAUAAAUGCUUGAUAAUUUAACAGGAAGUUCAUUAUAAGUUGUACUAAGUGGUAAAAAAAAUUGAUUUUAAUGUAGUUUUUUUAUGACUUAAUAUCAAAUUUUAACAGAAAUAGUAAUUAUUAUGGUCUUUCAUAACAUGUAUUACCGAAAUUCGCUCCAAAUCGUUUUUUAUUAGUUAUUGUUUAUCAUUUCUUACAGAUAUAAAUCAAAUAGCUUUAUCCUAUCUUCCCAACUAUCCACCUAUAACAAUGUCACAGCCAGUAUUUCUUUUUUUUUUAAUUAGGUUAUGGAGAUGAUGUAAUUGCUAACAAAAAUGCGGACAAAUUUAAAAUUGUUAAUAAAGCAUGUGAUACAAAAGCAGAUUUAUUUAUGCUACAGCAUGAACAUCUUAGUACAGAAGGAUUUGAUGCUCCCCCUCCGGUUGGAUCAACCAUAAGGUAUACUAUAAUUUAUUAAAACUACAAGAUUGUAUGAUGCAAAAGAGUUUGUUCCAAAAUUUUUCUAAAUCUAUACAAAAUUCUAGGCCUUUUUUCGUGAAACGCAUAGCCCAUUCAAAUUUACUUCUUGUUGUUGUGAAAAAUGCAGAAAGUAGUCAAAGUCAUUUAAGUGUUAAUCCAGUUAAAGUGGAAUACACAAAUACAUCAGUUAAUUCUUCUGAUCACAGUUGCAACAAAUUGAAUCUAAACUCUUUUUAUAGACGCAAAUUGGGUGGAUGUUAUAAUAGUCACCCAGAGGUAAUAACAUGGUCAUUUAAAACAUAAUUUAACAUUUAUUUUAAUAACAUUUAAUUUUCGUUUUAUAGGAGCCUAGUACAAAAGUAUCACAAGGUCGUCUUGUCAAGUCAACAAUAGUAUUUAUAUUAUUAAUGAACAUUUUAUGCAUACAAAUUUAAAACUCAAUAUUUCAUACCCUUAAUUCUUAAUAAUAGUAAUUUAUUAAUACAACACAUAUAAUUAAAAAAAAAUAAUUGCAUUGAAUUAUUUAUAGGAAUUGUAAUAUUAAUUAAGAUUUGAAUACUAUAUGAAAAUUAUUUGUAUAUUAUAUUUGUAGUUAGUAAGAAUAGAAUUAUUAUUAUUAUUAUCAUUAUACAACAUUAAAGAAUUUCAGCAGAUAAAAAACUAUCCAAAGUUUUAUUACCAAUUGGAGCUGGUUUUUUUUUUUUUAAAUUAGCAACCAAUUUCCGCUUUUUAGUUAAAGGUUUCAGACGAGGACUAGGAUAGGUAUCUGGUUUUGAUCGACCACCAAGUCCAUCGUACAUUUCUUCUUCUGAACUACUCAUUGAAUCUAUAGAUUUUGAUGCUGCAUAAUUAGUACUUAUAAAUUUUGUAGUUACUGGUUUUCUUAUUAGCCCAACUGGUCGUCGAGGGCUUUUAGGCAUAAAUGUACUCACCUAAAUAAAAUAACAAAGUGAUAAGUUAUUAAAUUAUAUACAAUUUAAUUUAAAAUAGGAAGUUUUUUUUUUUUAGAUAAUUAUAUUUACACAUUGAGAUAAUGUUUCUUCAGUUUUAUUAUUUAAAUUAUAUGGCUUUAAUUGUCCAUUUAACUGUGAUGAACUGGUAACUGCAUUUUCUAGAGAAUGCACAGUUGACAUUGAAUCCUAA